AUGACUGCAAACGAGCUGAACGUCUACCGGGGCCCUGAUGCCCUCAGGAAGUACUUUGACCCCGAUUGCCAGCCGCCUCUACCCCUGGUGGAGGUUCCAGAGUACCUGAAUCCUUACCACCAGGAUGGGGUGCGCAUCUACGCCAAAAUGAUGUCGAUGCAUCCAGCAAACAACGUCAAGGCAAUGCCUGCAUUAAACAUGCUCGAGAAGAAAGUCGUCCCGGGCAAAACCAAGACCAUCAUCGAGUAUAGUUCCGGGUCCACGGUGAUAUCCAUGUCGAUGAUCGCCCGCGUCAUGCACGGUAUUCACGACACACGAGCCUUCCUAAGCAACAAGACCAGCGACGCCAAGCUGAAACUCAUGCAGUUCUUCGGCCUGGAUAUUACCCUGUUCGGCGGGCCCAGCCAGCCUGAACCGUUUGACGACCGCGGCGGGAUCCAGAGUGCCCGGAAGAUGGGUCUGGAGUCCGACGAGGUCCUCAACCCCAACCAGUACGAGAACCAUGAUAACUGGGGCUCGCAUGUGCGCUGGACGGGCCCGCAGAUUCUCAGGCAGCUCCCGGAGAUCAAUGUGCUCUGCGCCGGCAUGGGCACGUCGGGCACCAUGACCGGGCUGGGGACGUUUUUCAAGGAGAACAAGCCGUCGGUGUUGCGGCUGGGGGUGUGCACGGCAGCUGGGGACCGCGUGCCGGGCCCGCGGUCGUUGGCGCUCCUGAAGCCCGUCGAGUUUCCUUGGAGAGAGGCGGUCGAUGCCAUCGAGGAAGUCAAUUCGUACGAUUCCUUCUCCCUGUCGCUGGACCUAUGCCGGGAGGGGAUAGUCUGUGGCCCGUCGUCGGGAUUCAAUCUACAGGGAUUGUUUCAGCUGCUGGAGAAACGCAAGCAGGCCGGGACGCUGGCUGAGCUAGCUGGGCCGGAUGGUUUGGUCCAUUGUGUUUUUAUCUGCUGCGACCUGCCCUAUCAGUACAUCGGCGAGUACUUUUCCAAACUGGGGGCGGAGAAAUUCCAUCCCAUCAAGAACCAGAAUCUCAGCGCAGUCGACAUCUACCGCUACGACGAGAGCUGGGAACGAAGCCCCAUCGUCCUCUUCACGCAUUUCUACGAGACCCCCGCUCGCUCUCCGACACUCAGACCACUCUGCUGCGUGCUUGAUCUGAGAACGGCGGCCGACUACUCCACGUGGCAUCUGCCGGGAUCCGUCAACAUUCCCCUUCGCAGCCUCGACUCACAUGCUCCCAAGCCAUUCGCGGACCCCAGCGUGCUCGAAGCCCAAUGGCUAGAACUCGAGACCCUUUUCAAGGCCGAGGAGGCUCUGAGCAAGCUCCGUGGCCAGCAUGUCUUGGUCAUUUGCUAUCAUGGCGAUACAGCCCGCGUGGCCACCAGCGUUCUGCGAGCCAAGGGUAUCGAGGCCGAUAGUCUGAGAGGAGGGUAUCAAGCCCUGAGGGAUCAUGGGCUAUGGGGAGAGAACGAAGUGAGCACCUGCACUGCCAAUGGUAUUGGCGCUAGCACAGAACAUAUGAAAUCGUCGAUUUCUGUGGAGAGCGUCCCAUUGCAAGUGGGUUGA